GGCGCGAUGCAUUAUUUACAAACCACGUUUGGAAAUAAUGAAAAGACAGUUUCGGUUGAGGGACGAAGAAAAGCUAAACUAAUACAAUAAUGAGCUUUGUAUGACAUCUGCUGUUCAUUAUUUUAAAAGCUGAUGUGUAUUUUUGGCCACUAGAGUCAAAAAAUUUUGAUGCCAAGUAGUACUUUUUCUCUCCGCCAAGGACUAAAACCGCGGGCUAAACUAAGGAUAAACCGUUCUUUCCAAGAUGAUAAAUACCAGCGUAGUUGUGGAGGAUAAUCAAGUUGUCAGGCUUAUUCUCGAGUUUUUGGACUCUAGAAAACUUCACAACACCAUGAGAACGCUUGAGAAAGAAGCAGGAAUUGUUAACUGUGGUUUUUCGGAUGAUAUUCUGUUUUUACGAGACCUUGUUCUUGACGGCGAGUGGGAAGCUGUCUUGAUCUUUGCUCAGCCAUUUGAAGGCAUAGAUGGUUUCGAUUCCAAACAAUUCCGUUACCUUGUUUUGAAGCAGAAGUUCAUGGAAGUGCUUUACUUCAAGUCAGGUUUCGGUGGAAAUUCGACCAGCUACUCAAUUGAGGAUCUUAUCAAGUGUCUUAAUCAACUGGAGGAAGAUUGCCCGUCCAAAACUGAAUAUAGCAAGUUGUGUUGGCUGUUAACUGUUCCAAAUUUAUCUGAACAGUCGGAGUAUCACGACUGGAACCCCGCCACCGCCCGGCUAAACUGCUUUGAGCAGCUGCUCGAUAUACUCAAGAAGGUUAUUCCCCUAGAAAAGAAAAGUUUAAAUGGAAAAUUGCCAAGGACAUUGACCCCUAUAAAAGAGCGGUUAUUGCACUUGUUAAUUAAAGGAUUGUGUUUUGAAAGUUGCGUUGACUACUGUCAAUUGCGGGCAAUCAAUGGUAGUAUUUCACAAGACCUUCAUGUCUGUGUAGGAGACAACAUUUUAAAUGGACCAUCACAGGAAAGCUCCGGCAAUUUUUUGUCAUGGCUACAAAAUCUUGCUCAAGAAGCUUUUAUUACUCCAUUUGAACCAGUGAGCUUAGAAGUUGAUUUGAAGAAAGUAAAACAAGCUCCAAAUAUUGUAUUUCACAAGUCUCCCAAACGAGAUGAUGCAGAGAUUCUUUCAAGGAGCUUAUCUCUUUCUGGAAGGCCAGCUACUGCAGAUAUUGCUUCACAUCUGUCUGCGUUAGCAGUGGAAAAACAUAGGACUGCAAUAUCUGAUAACCGGCCACAUUCCACACAGCCUCCCAAGGGAGUUUCACGUUCAUAUAAUGAAUUUCACUACAAAAGUACAAUUCCUGAUAAAAGACCACUUGCUAAUGCUGGUGAGAAUGGAUUCUCUCAUGACAAACCUGCUACACAAGAGCAAAAUGAGCAAGGAAAGUCAACACUUGAUUCUGCACCUAACGUUGCUUCCGAUAAUAUUGUUCAUCAAAAUCAUCAGCUAAUUACUGGUGCAGAAAAUGUUGUAGAGCCAAGCAGAGAUUCUGAAGAUAUUCAUGCUCUAAAAGAGAAACAACAGCAGGAACUGCAGGAGCAAUUAGAAGCAUAUCAAAGGCAUAAACAGGAGCUAGAGAGACAGCUUCUUGAGUUGUCUUUGACAGAAACAUGGAGAAAAGCUAAUGGUGAAGAAUCGUCUGCAGGUGAAAUGCUUGGCAAAAGACCGGAAUCAAGUGGAUCUUUUACAAAUAUGAGAAGUGAACAUUUAUCCAGAAAUGACGACUUAAAACAUUUUCAGGAACAUAAGCAUCACAAGACAAAUGAAGUAUUUACUACUGAUAAUCAUGACCUGUUGAAUGCAAAUUCUGCCCAAGAUGUAAAUGCUGUAAACCUAAAUCCAAAGUUUGAACACCAGAACUCCAGUAGUUUCACAGUCACACAGAGUAUGACGUCAACUCCAGCAAGAAGAGUCAAAGGUAAACCAGAGGACUUGAAGCUAGGCGAGACCAAAGUUGACAGUACAGUUGCAGAUGCAAUACCUGUCACUCCAGCAGAGCAAACAUUUCCCAACACUCCCUUGUUAAAUGGACCUGCAAUUCUGAGUGCAGGUCACUGGGUGGCACUGGCUGAUGGCUCUGGAGUUCUCAACACCAGGUGAGUGAUUAUGAUCAUAGCAGGUAGACUGCAUAUUGUACAGGAUAGUGUUGGGGAUCAGCUGAGAUUUCAUAAUAUACCUACAGAAAAUCAGAUUGACGCACCUGAACAAUCAUCCAGGGCUGUCAGUAAGACUUCAAGUUGCCGGGUUAAUACAGCAAGUAGGUGGGGAAUCAACCAGCUAGGGAUUUCUUUUGGUUCUAAGUAGCUGGGGACCACGUUCUUCGUUCUUAGUAGCCAGGGGAAAUCUCCGGCCUCCACCUCUUAAUGAUAGCCCUGAUCAUCAACAAUUAUGGUUGGAAAAAUCUCUGUAAGAAUAUUUUAUUCCAUUUAGGAUGGUUGCUAGGGAAAACAGCCAACCACUGGAUUCCCCGCCAAAUGACAUGAGGAAUGAGUGCAAAAAUUCCAUAUUUAUGACUGUCACAUCUCAGAUCUGGGUGGUGCUUCUGAUUCAUUGUUCUGCAUCGGAUAUUUGUUUCAACCAAUCAGAAGCACUUCCCAGAUGUAGGUAGUGUCAUGCUAUCGAUCAGUAUGGAAUUUCUGGGCUUGUUUUGCAGAUGUCAUUUUGCAGGAAAGCUAGUGGUGAUGUCACAAAAUGUUGGCUGUUUUCUCAGGCUAUUUAGGAGGGUCCUGCCUGAGUUUGAUUCUCAUUUGGAGCUCCAAAUAUUUUCUGUGUUUGCGGGUGAUCAAAUUCUCUUUCUUUUUUAAUUAUGAGACCAAUAAAAAGACAACGCAAGUUUUUAAUGAUUAUGUGUAUUUGCCAACAAAAAUAUUAAUUUUUUUCCCACAAGAGUCAAUCAAACAUUUUAUAUAAUCACUUAUGGCAAUGCUUUAAGAUUUCAAUCAAUGAUCUAUCAGCACAAAUUUUAUUUUUUUCUUUCUUUUUUUUAUGUUAAUGUACAGCAAUGAGUUGGAAACAAAGGAAAAUAAAAUUUAAACCAAGGAAUAAACUGGACCACAGCGUAGUUAUGCCUUAGGGAGAGUUGACAAAUGAAUAAUUCUAUAAGCUUGACAGACUCUGUCGUCAGUUCAAUGUGGUAGAGCUACAAGAAAUGUUGUGACUUUUUGCCACAUAAAUGGAUAACAUUGAUGCUCACUUAUUUUGUUUGGCUUCCUUUUCUUUGCAGUACACCCAAGGCUACACGACAGGGGAUGACAUCAACUCCUGCUCCACCCGCCUCUCCUGUGCUGUCUGUGGACGGCACUACUCCGCGUGGUCUUUCUGCGAGUAAGGCAGUGGAUGGACCUAAUGUUGUUACAAAGAUUGGUGGAACUGCAGGUGAACAGCCGAUGCCAUCUGAUGUGGUCAAGGUAUUCUCAAUCUCUCUCUUUAAUUAUAAUGUGAUGUUCCAUUUAUUAUUUAUCCUUUAUUAAUCAUUUCUAAAUGUACAUGAUAUGUCUGACCUUUUAAUGUUUUCAGCUGUCCAUGUACAGUUUCUGUUCAAGCAUAUAAUGCCUUAAGCUAUCCAUUUAAUUAAUCAAUUAAUUAAAUUAAUAUUUAUUUUGCCAAACAAAGUGUACAAAGAAAGAAAGAAAAAAAACGCUACAGAAAGAAAGUGGCGAGGAAGCCUUAAAUAUAAGCCACAAGGCUUAUAACAUAAGGCUUCCUCAACUGCAACUCACGAUGGCUACACAUGCACAGUUAUGACAAUUAAUUCCAGAAGAAUGGAUGAACAUACAGUAAAUGAGUAACAACAAUCAGUGUGUAAAUCAAUAAAUGCUAAAAUUACAGCAAACAUAUAUUACAAAUGACAAAUAUUGUAAUUACAGGACAGGUAAAACUACUCUGAUAAUGAAACUAUUUAAUUCUUCUUGACUAAUAGCUGUUAAUAAUAUACUUUUUCAGACUGUUUUUCCUUUCUGCUUUACGGGUUGUGCAAUCCAUUUUGGGACAUUGCUCUACCGUUUAACGAUUUUGGUUUUCCAUUUAAAUGGAUAUGCAAACCGUUUAAAUGGUGUAUUUGCCCAUUUACUAUCCAUGUACAAUCUGUUUAUUUUUACUGGUUUAAUGGUAAAGCAUCAGUGCAACCAUUUAUGAACAGUUUUUGUUGCAUUUACCUCAUGAUGCCAAAUACAAUUUGCAGUUUAACUUCCAUUAACACACCAAAAGUUUGAAGCUGUUAACAUGCUUUUGAUCAGCGAGUUUCACUCAUUAUUUAGAAAUGACUUUUUUCACUUUUUGGGAGAGGGUCCAUUAUUAGAGUCAAAUUCCACUUUGACAUUAAAGAUUGAAAACUUUCAAUAUUAGUCAUAUUUUAAGUAAUGUGGACACAAUCUUAACCAAAGGCAUAAGUUCACAUGCAAAAUCCAUUGGUAGCUGUUGGCUUCAGUUGUUUUUGCUAAGGUAGUUUUUUUUUUCAAUUUUCUGGAACAUUUUCUUGUUCAGAAUCAGCACUCUUGCUUUUGGGAAAAUUUCUUUGUAGUUUUAUAUUUUCAGAGCAUUUUUACAUCAAUAAUUAUACUGUCUUGUCAUGAAUGUUCUGUCAAGCAAAUUUAAGUCAGGUCUGGAAAUGAUGUCCUGAUCAAACUGCUGGUCAUUAAUUUUAGACUCAAGUUUGAACUACAGGAUAGUCAUCUUCAUUUAAUCGUUCUUGACUUGCUCAAAACCUGCAACAUCCAUCAAGAAUAUCAGUUUUGUAAGAUUUGCUUAUGAGGUGUAGAUGCAUUCUAGGAACAGUUUUACUUUUUAUUAAAAAUGAGUAUCUAGUCAACUCUUUAUCUUUUGCCAACCAACCUGUUGAACCGAAUGAGUUGUUUUGUGAUGUUAUUCUGAAGUUGAGACACCCUUUCUCUUCUAGUAGAGGUUAAAGAAAUAAAUUCAUAGAAAAUUCCACUUUUUUGAAAAAUAAGUACUAAGAAUUAAAUGGUACAUUUAAAUGGUAAAAGAUCUACCAAAGAGGUUUGAUGUGAAUGGCAACAUCAAACAUAGGAUUCUGUUCACAGACUAAGUGAAGAAUCAACUUGCUAUAACCUGGUGAAGGAGCAAAAGAGUUAACUGUGACAAUUAAUUUCCAAGCUUAUGAGCUGUGGUUUUCUACUAUUUGCUCUGUGAAUUGGCUUUUCUUUAUGACUGAUAAAUCUCUCAAAUGGUUUGAAAUUUGAAAUCUUCAGUCAAGUUUUUUUUUAAGCUCAUCGUGAAGUGCUCUUGAGAUAAAAUCCCUGUGUAUUUCUGGAACACUUUAAGUUGUCACUGGACAACUCAUGCUUGUGGUUAAUCAACAAGAGAUGAACUCACUCCUCUUCACACCUGCAUAGAUUUGAGCCCCCAAUGACAUCAUAUCUGUUUUGAUGUAAUUUUUAAAACCCCAGUCACUGCCUUGAAGUGUGUAGAAGGCAAGGAAGGAGUGAUUUGCAACAUAACUUUUUGCAUCUAAGCCAUUGGAGAGAAAUGCCUGUUUUUACCUUCAAAGUAAGUGAAAUAGGAUAGUUUCAAGGCUCACUGCUAAGUUAUCAGAGUGUUGCAAUCCAUGUGUGUUGUUUAUUUCAUGGUUCUUAAAAGUUUCCACACUUGACAGACCAUUAGCUAGGUCACUGGUUUAAUCACAUCUCUGCAGUGGGAAAUUGAUCAUGUCUUGCUGAGUACCCAUCAUUUCUUUGUUUGUUAUUUGUUGUGAAACCCACAUUGAUCUAGGAAACAUUAUUAUUGUUUCUUCUUGGUACAAAUGGUUUUCUCUUUCCUACUGUGUUUACAAGGAGUUUUUUAAGAAUGUAUGUGCUGGAUUGUCAUUUGCUUGUCAUAACUACAUAUAUUUCACAUAGCCUUAGAGUAUGAUGAAACUUAAUUUCAUUAUCAGUCAUAUUUGCCUGGCUCAAAAACACUCUGCUAUAUUCUCUGUUCUAACAUUUCAGUUGUUUAGAGUGCAAGACGGGAAGGGCCAUACCUCCAGUUGCCAUAUUUGUUGUGAUUCACAGUUUUGAUUGUUUUGCGGGUACCUGUGUUGUUAUGCCCCUGUGUGUGCCGACACAUUGGUGGCCACUCAUGUGUGUCAUUUCCAUUAGCUUAAACAGGUACCAGUAGUGGACAAAACCUCUGAAAUGUUCAUUUGAGCAGUUACUUCAAGAUCCUUAAAAAAAUAAUAAUAAAUGAAGCAACAGUAACUUUUCUCUUGGUUAGCUACUUGAAUGUUAGACUGGUCCUGAAUUCAUAAUGCUGAUUUGUUAUCAUUGUACCUGUCUGUAGCUGCUCUUCAUCAGUUUAAGUAACAUCUCUUGCAGUAAACUUAUCCUGAAGUGUGUCUUCUUGUGUUUUCAUAGACUGGAUUUACUCAAUCAAAACAAACUAGGUUUGGAUCUUGCUGGUUAGGUUAAGAUUCAUCGGUGUGGUGAUUAAUUUCUAUUGCUGUGGCUUUCAAGGUCAAAAAUUACAUCAUUGUGUUAAAUGAGUUGAUCAGCAAAUUUGACUGAAUGUUCAUUGUGGAUUUAGUAAUCAGGCAAUUAUUGUGGUUUUGUUGGUAGAGUGAAAAAGCAUCUCCUUAAUGUCCUCAGAAAAGACUUGAAGAUUUGCUGAUAAAAAUGUUUAACAGCAAAACUGAUCUAUGUAACAUUGUGUUAUUUAAGACAGACUUGUGCUCUGGAUACAGUAGCGAUACCGCUGUCUACUAUAAACUAUGGAGCAGUGAUCUGUCAAUUUUUUUUGUUCAUAGUCGAUGGAAGGUUACCAUGGUCUGAGCAGUGUUAAGGAAAGUGUCAUCAUUUUAAAUUGAUAGGCAAUAAUGUAGGUUCAUUUUCAGUGAGAGUCAUUAAGAGUGUUUUCUAGACGAAUAAGACCUUUGAAGGUUUUGAAAAUGGCCCUCUUAAAACAUGGAAGGAUUGUUUUGAAAAGUACAGACUAAAUUUUACUUCUAUACUAUUCUGCGCAAUGAACGUGUGCAAGUAUCCCAGUGAAAAUUGCUUUCGGUUUAGGAGAAAUUUAACAUUAUUUUUGGCUAGUCCGGUAGGUAACAACCUUGUCUUUGAAUUCAUCAUGAUUAUUUUACUAACAUGCCCAUAAAGACGUUUUUUGUGUUGCUGUUUGUGGGAAACCCUAUUAAUGUUGCUGUUUAUAGAUUUUUAACAAAGACGAUUAGGUUGAGUUCAAGUUGCUCAGGUGUAGUUACUUUGAUUCAUAAUGGUAGUUAUUUAUUGAUUCCCUGUUGUGGGAUUUUUUUUGUCAGCAGCCUCCUGAAAACUUAGGCAAAAAGGUUAAAUCUCCUCUUGAAAUUUUACUCAAAGUCAAAGUACCUCAUACUCUGAAACUUGGCAGAUAUUAAUAUUAACCCUUAGAUUUAAGAAUUUUAAUGGAAAAUGGUUUUGUUGUGUUGAAAACUCUUUCUUUCUUCUGUUUCUGCCCUUAAUACCAAAAACAUAUUUACAUAGCCCUUGCAAUCAAGCAAAAAAUGGCUGUUUAUUUGUAUCUCUCUAUUAGGAUGAAAAUAAGAUUAGUUUUAGUGUUUCUUGUGUGGACGACUUUUUAUUUUGUUAAUGUUUCUAUCUUGACUACCGUUAACGUCAGAGUUCCUCCAUAACUCAGAGAUUGGAACACCCAAGGACUUUUGGCUGGAUUCUGAGGGCUCCAUCCUGUCAGGAAUUAUGAUGUUUUUUAUUUAAUCUGCACAGGUGUCAUGACAUAAUAUUUGACAUCUUUCUCAGAAUCUUUAUUUUAUUUUCAGGAUAAAGAGAACACAGACUCGCUCAAUCAUCAAGCAACAGUCAAGCGAGGACCCAAAGUUAAUGGAGUACGUCGUUCCCUUGUGCCAAGUUCCAGACAAAAGGCAGGAGCUGAGGAAGAAAACAAGCAAAUAAGAAUUGCUGCUCAAGGACUUGACACCAUUGCUCAGCUCAGAUUAGGUUUUAGUGAUCAAUCCUCUGCAGGACCCCAUGCACACUCCAACCGACAGCAAGAAAGUGUCCAACAAAGCACCAGAGUAAAUGGACAGCCUCCAAAGACUGGCACAACAUUUGUGGUGGAUGUUAGUAAGUACUAUUAGGCUUUUAUAAAGAAGUGCUGUUACCCAUUUUUUCCAUGUUGAAAGUAAACAGAAGCAGGAUGUGAUUGACUUCACAAGUGAGAUUGCCUGCUUUGUUUCCACAAGGAAAAAUUAUUUCAGUUCCAUAAUAAAUCCCUUACUUAACAAGCUGGACCUCAUCUUCAUAUCUGCUAGGAAAAAGCAAACAAAGAGAACUUAGCAUGAAAAUCUUGUUCCAGUACCCACCUACCUUUCCUAAAAGCUUUCUUAAAAACUUUUCCCACCAAAAUGAAGCCAACUAAAUACUCAGCAAAGAAAAAAACAUGAGGCAAGAAAAGUGAAAACAGAAAGGAGGAGAGAAAGCGAAAAGUAAAAGUCAAGACUGCUGUGUCACUUUUAAACUCAAAAACUAUCUCAAAAGUUUGCUUUCUGUGCAUGCCCAAACUUCGCAAGCUAAUAUUUUGCAUCUGGAUCAGAAGGUAGCAAAGUGUACAAACUCUAAAUGGCUUUAUGGUAAGUUUUAGCUCUUUAUAGUGCAACAAUGACCAGAAAACCCCUCGACUAACUUCAAACAUGGUUAUCAAAAUCGCUGCCUACUUGGUUAGUAUCGGCUGACUACUCUGCUUAGCAUUUCUUUAUGGAUGGCGUUUUUUAAAUAAAAUAUCCCUGGACUUUACUUUGACAACUCAGCUGCCCACUUCAGAACUCUCUGACAACCCUACUUCAAAGCGCAUUUUUUGGCAAAAUUUCCAGGUACAAAUGGUUUAAACUCACAUUUUGUUACAAUAAUUUUAUGUUGUUGUCACAUGACAUUGUCACAACUUCACGUCAGCUUCAUAUUUGACUAGUUGAAGUGAGUCCUAUGUUCAACCUGUUUCACUUUUGGUUAGUAAUUAUGCACUUGUCUUUUUUGUUUGUUGAGAUUAUUUUUAACAUACCGUGAUCCUGUAGCUUUAAUUUCUUAUUUUAUGUUAAGGUUCUGCAAGAGAAGUAGCAAGUGAAAAUUAUCCUCAAGGAAUAAAACAGUUACACAACGGAGCUAACAAUGAGACUCCGAAAGGUACACACAUUUUUUACUUAGAAGUAAUAUCAGUAAAAUUAUUUUUCCCUUGCAGUUUCUCUGCAAAUGAUGUGGACGUGAAUAUUAUCGCAAACUUCCUGAAGGUGAUCGUUUUCCAGAAUUGAAAUACACUGAAACUUGUGGCAAAUCUCUUCAACGCCAAAGUUUUGGAUCAUUAGAAUGCUGCAUUCAUCUUUAUUGUUAAUGUCCACCAGACUUCUGGAUUUUGCCAUGCAAUGAAAGCCCAAGCAAGUUUUUUUAAUUGGAGUUACUUCAAUGUAUUCUUAUUCCAGAGUACAGCCAAUCGAGGGUGCCCAAAUUUUUUAAGGCUCAUGUUCGAGACUAAGUUCUGCUACCUUGACAACAUCUUCAUUUUAUCAUCCAAUCUUUUGCUCUUGUUUCUGCCUUUUGACAUCUUUAGUAGUUUUUCUUAAGUUCAAUGAUUGUUUUUUCAUUAUCUUGUUUGCAGGAAGAGAUUCAGGAACGGUAAACACAACUUUUCGAAAACCAUCCACUAACACACCACCCAACAAUACCACAGUUACUCAUAGUAAACGAGUCCCACUGCUGGAGAAACAAAGAGAAAUCUUGGAAUACCCAUCAGAUUUAAAAUUUUACACUGUGGCGACACUAGAGGAUGUGCAGGCCAUCAGAGCUAUAGCUUUUCAUCCUUCUGGUGAUUUAUUUGCUGUUGGUUCAAACUCCAAGACAUUGAGAGUUUGCACUGCUGAGGGUUUGCAUUCACAGCAGAGAGUAGAGAGGUAUGAAUUUUGACUUUAAAUAUCAUAAAAUUGUGUAAAAUACCGAUGAAAAAGCAGUUGAAAAAGAAUUGGUCACGUGUGACAUUACAGAAAAGCGCCCAUUCAAAAACGUCGAUCGUGAAAAUGCAAAUAAGUGAAAAAUGACGUUAAUUUAGUGUCAAUCAAGAAAUCCCCUGGGUAUAUCCCUUUCCUGGUUAUUGUUCCUGCUCAGACAUCCGCAACAUUUGCCUAUUCUUCGAUGAAGAAUAGAACUUCACGCGACUAACAAUAGCUCAGUCUGUUUAAAGACUGUCUAAAUUUACUCCGAAUUAGCAUGUGACUUUUUGCUGUUAAACGCUUCAAAAUUGAAAAAUCCUCGAUGAUUGUUGUUGAUUUUGCCGUAAAUAAUUCAAUGCACUGACUUAAAUGAAUUUCUACCUUUUACAAACUUCUUGGUGUUCGAAUCGAUCGAUGAAAUAUGAGCGCAACCGAUGCGUUAAUAGUUUGUUUACAUUUUGUCACGGGUUUUGGAUAAUAUUAUAAACCUUAACAUUUACGGGCAAACUCGACGAGAAAGCACUCUCACUUACAUUCUUCAUUUAAGAUAUUGAUUUUAGCAAAGUAUAAGGCAAAAUUAAGAGCGAUACUUUCUUUAAGAACGCUAUAACUACAUAUUUAACAGCCAAACCGAAACAGCGAUCUAAUCCGUCUCUUGAAAACAACUACAAUACCGCUUCUGAUAAUAAUAUUCAUAAACGCUACAAACAUUUUUAUUCAAUCUUAUUGAGUGAUUUUCGUGAAGAUGAGUUUUUAAGUGAAGAAUACUUUGGUUUCCAAUUAGCUUUAACUGUUUUGCCAUCAAAACGAUUCGCACGAGACUACCAAAUUCGCGAGGGUUUUAUGUUAGUGCACGAGGAAGAAAAAUGCUUCUCUUUGCAUAAACAUUUUCUUCUUUGUAGCAAUGACAAAGACAUUCCAACACAUAGAACAAUGGCAACCUACUUCUAUUGUUUCUGCAUUGUCUCUUGAAAGUGUGAGAAUAGUUAACUGCUAUGAAGUUCAUAAGAGACCGAAAACGACGGUAGUCGUUGAAACUUCGUUUUUGCUCGCAAAGCCUAAUGGGUACCCCACUUUUCACGGGCGACGUUUUUCAAUGGGCGCGUUUCUGUAAUGAUUUUUUUUCUGAUUUUUCAGUGCCUUAGGUAUGUUAUAUAUUUGUAUGUCCCUUAAUUUCCCAAAUUUAUUUUUUGUGUCGUCAUUACUCCUUCACUCUAUUGUCAUCAAUGGUUACCAUGGCAACCCUUCCUUGCCACCUUCAUAUUAAUAUUUUGUCUCAAUUCCCAGUUAACAGUGAUUACUCUAUGAUCUAAGAUACUGGCCUCAUUGUACAUUUUUUUCUUUGUUUUACAGAAGUGUUCAUGAUCAGCCUCCACAACCAACAAUUUUGUUUAAAAGUAACCGGCACCACCGUGGCUCCAUUUACUGCAUAGCUUGGAGUGCCACUGGAGAUAUCAUCGCCACUGGUUCUAAUGACAAAAGUAUCAAGAUGAUGAAGUUUGAUGUGGAAACCUGCUCUGUGACCUGGCCGGGAUUGGAGCUAGCCAUUCAUAGCGGCACUGUCAGGGAUUUGGCAUUUGUCUCCAGGGCCAGUGGCACACCAGUGCUGGUGUCUGGUGGAGCAGGUACUGAUGAAGAUUCUAUUAGAGAAAUUUAUUAUACUUAGGCUUUUAUGACCAGUGUGGCUGCCUUUGGUGUAAAUGACAUCUGAUCACCUAGGGUUUUUUAGCCUUUACUGCUCUUAGAAAGAAGAAGGAAACUGGAGCUGAAAUGCGGCCCACAGUAUCUGUUAUUAGGGGACUUAAGUAAAGGCAUUUAUGAGUGUCGCAUGUCAACUGGAAGUGGACAUUCCUGCGCAGUGGUUUUGCCAAAAUUUCCAGUUAAAUUAUGUCUAAGCAAUACAAAUUUUAUAGCAUCAAGGCAUAUUAAAAGGUAUAAGUUCUCACUUCUGUUUGAUGUGCGUCUCUCAAAAAUUAAUGUCUUUGCUUAAGCUCGAUCCCUAUUGUUGCAGGGGAGGUACUAUUUAGCUAUUGGCCAUUUUUUUUCUUUGUCCUUAGUAACUGUCCCAGAGGUCUUUGCAAAAGUUAACUUGGCCCAGUUUCCCAAUCAUAUAAGGUCUCAUGAGUAAUUGCCCUGACAAGGCUGUCACUAAGGGCGGGGGGCUGGGGUUUUCCCCAGUUACUAUCAUUGAUAGUGAUGCUUGGUUCUUUUGUGAAAAAAAAAAAUCAUAAAUGGAAGAAAAAUAGAACCAUUUGACAUCCCUAGCUGUUGAUUCCCCGUCUACUUCUUGUUUUUACCCAGCAACUGGAAAUUAAAGUCACUGUGCCACUUUAAUAGACUGUGUGGUUAUGCAACACUUUCCUUAUUGCAGCAGGGGUGUAGUGUACCUCUUGUCCUUUUUGUUAGUUUGUCAGUUCUUCUUUCUAACAGAAGAAGUUGCCAUUAAUAUUAUUGUGUGUAUUGUUGUAGGUAUUUUUCACGUAAGAGUCCAUACAAAUUGUCUAGUAUAACUGAAACAAGUAAGAAUUGGCUCCAGGCAAGAAAAAUGUGGGGGGAAAAGUUAAGCUGGUAUUCAAGUUUUUUAGUGCUGAAAAGGGUUGCUGCAUCAAUGGACUUAAAUUGCAUUCAUCUUAUCCUUCACCAGAAAAGUUUUAAGGGUUGUAAAGCCUGUCUUUGAAAUGAACGUUUCAUUCCAAGUGCGUUUCAAGCAUUUACUAAUGUAAAGGGACAUUCACAGGCACUCUCCUUUAAGUCAUUAUUAUUAACCAUGAGUUUGUCAAAUAUUGUAGGUGAUGGGAAUAUCAUGAUAUCUGACUGCAGCACUGGUCAGACAGUUGGACAACUCAAGGGCCAUGCAGGGCAUAUCAUGUCUGUGUAUGCUGACAGUGAUGAUAUUAUAGCCUCUGGAUCUGCAGAUAAUACUGUCAGGCUGUGGGAUCUGCGGUCACAGCGGUGUAUAGAUGCUAUUGCCACUGGAGAUAGUUGUGUGGCUUCAGUUUGUGUGAAUUCAUCUGGCAACAUGUUAGCUUCAGGUAAAUAUUAACUACUUACUAUGCAGCUUUGGAAGGUUAACCUGUGCUGUCGUAAUUAUGUCACAGAAUUUUUUUUUUGCAGACAUUGUUUCUUGUUGCUAACUGUUAAUAUUAAUUGUCCAUGAUGUUACAUUUUGGCAAAUUGUGUUAUGAUUAUCUGCUUACAUAUUAUUGUUGGAGGUCUUAGCAAUUUAACCUGUCAAGAAAGAAGAGGUGAAUCUCACCAACCACUACUGUUUUUUUUUUUUUUACUUGCUGAGCUUACUAUGGAGUCUUUGUAGUUGUGGCUCAUAGUGUGAAAAGAUGUCUAAUACCUUCAAAUAUUACAAAUUGUUGGUACAUAGCCCAUGGCACCUUACUUUUACACGUGGGUAGUUUUUUAGUAAACAUCAUUAUACCUGGGCACCCUGGAUUUGACAGGUUCAGAGCACUGGGCUCCCUUUAAUUUUUCUUAGAUAAGAGUUGUAUAUAAUGUGAUUGGAAGAAUAAUGCAAUUUGAAGCUAACGUCAGGGUGAAAUGAAAGGAAAAACCUGUUUGCAUAAAGGGAAAGUUAUCGCUUUAGUUUUCUUGCACAGAACUUUGAGUAUCCAAUACUGUAAGGUCAGCUUGCCCAAAACUUUGGAUGACAAUUUAAAAGGUGACAAGCUUGGCUUGUGUACAGCUUGCAGCGAACUAUCCCCUUGGAUGGUUCCACAGCACUGCAUUGCAUUAUGUUUGUCACAGUCACACCCUGUUUAAAACAAACUAACCCUUGUAUCUAUUUGACAGGUCAUGAAGAUGGUAGCUGCAUGAUAUAUGACAUUACAGCAGGAAGAACCCUUCAACUUUUCACCCCACAUACAAUGGACUGCCGAUCAGUGCGUUUUUCACCAGAUAAUAACUUUCUUCUAACAGGAUCCUAUGACACUAGUAUUAUUAUGAUGGACAUCAGAAAAGACCUAGAACUUAACAUACCUCCGUACACAGUUGUUGCACAUCACAGGGACAAGGUGAUCCAGUGCCGCUGGCAUCCAAGCCAUCUUGCAUUCUUAAGCUCCAGUGCUGAUAGAACUGUCAAUCUUUGGGCUCCUGAAUCCUGAAAUUCUUAAAAAUGACUUUCUUGGUAGUAGGAAGCUCAUUAUGUUGUAUCAGAAACACAUAAGGGGUUUUCAACCCUUUAUGAGUUUCUGGUUGUAUCAAUGUGACCAUAGUAAAAAUAGGAAGAUGUAUUUUGUAAAGUAUUGAAUAACAAACAAACAAAAGUAUUGCUGUCCAGAGAGGUUUAAUUUGAAUUUUAACACUGCAGCGUCAGAGUUUGGUCUCAGACUUAAAAGUUAGAACUGCUGGUACAUUACGUAGAUUUAGCAAAGACAGGGCAACGGCAGUGAUGAAGGCAUUCACAAAUCUAAAAUUCAUUUGACGUUGUGCUGUAUGCUGACGUCCGAGCUUACUGUUCACAUGUUAAAAAUGUAUUGUAAGAGGGCAUGUCUGUUGUCCUCUUAUCCACGACUCUUCAUUCAUUCAUUUAUCAACCUACUAUGUUAUCCUUUUUAUUAACUCCAGGAGUAAAAAAGGGACAUCCUUGGAGUUGGUGAUAAGGGUAAAUAUGGUACAUACUGUGAAAAGUUUGAACCUAGGAGUCAUUUCAAAAGUAGGCCUGAGUAUGAUCGUCCUGGUGAGCGUAGUCCUGAGUAGGACUGUUGUUGUUCAGAGUGGUGCAGACUGAUGUUUCAACAUAACCUGUGUUGUAGUCAUCUUCAGAGUCACUUCGACUCGUGAAAUACUAGAUAUGUGCAUCUGAGGACAAAAUGUCAGGGGGCCAAAUAAAAGUUUUUUCUGUUUUGAAGUGUAAAAAAUGAUAAGCUGCAAUAAAUACAGUAGUGAGCGACGGAGCCCUUAGCCUGCGUAGCUGGUGGGAGAGUUACACACUUUGUACUUCCUUGGUUGCAGAGCUGUCACAUGCACAGUAAAUUUGACUGGUUUACAAUUUUCUUAAUGCUCUGCUGCCAAACCAAUAGAGUGCCAGCCUGCUAAUCCCAGCAGGUAUGCAGGCUAAGGAGAUUGUUGUCUACUGUUGUUGUCAUCAGAAAACAAGGCAUUUAUCACCAAGAGGAUAGGGUCAGAUCAAAUGCCCAUUUAUUUUGACAAGACUUACACAAAUGUUGAUUUAUUUUUAUAAAAUUUCAGGGUUGUAAUCCCUGGUUACCAUUGUGGUUGGUGACAGUACCAAAUUGGUUUGGAACAAGAAAAUUAUUACUAAGAAUUUUGCUGUUAAAAUAUUUUCAGAUUUUUCAUCCUCUCUUCACAUUUUUGAAGUUUAAUGUCUAGUUACUAGUUACACAAAGAAAGGUGGCAGAUUAGUUGCAUGUUGCAUUUUUCCUGCAAGUAUUGAGCAAUUCAGAAUCUUCUGCAGUUGGUGACAUCAUUUUUUUGUAUCAUUGUUUAAAUGAUAGUUCUUAUUGAUCAGAGGGAAAGAAUUAUCCUCUGUUCAAACAUUUUUGGCUUGUCAUGCAACUAUUCCACAACAUUUAGGCUCAUAGCUCAAGUUAAAAUAAAAUCUGUCUG